AUGGGGUUUCUUGGUGUUUACAAGGCGCUUUACGACUACGCGCCCCAGGCCGAUGGCGAGCUUGCGAUCGAAGAGGGUGACCUGCUCUACGUGCUGGAGAAGAAUGACGACGAUGGAUGGUGGAAAGCCAAGAAGAAGGCCGGCGCCGAGGACGAGGACGAGCCCAUAGGCUUAAUUCCACAUAAUUAUGUUGAGGAGGUUCCCAACCAAGGCCAUGCGAGGGCACUUUACGAGUAUACCCGCCAGACCGAUGAAGAGCUAUCCUUCCCCGAAGAUGCCGUCCUCGAUGUCUUUGACACCUCAGAUCCGGAUUGGAUUCUGGUUGGUCUCGACGAUGAUUAUGGGUUUGUCCCAUCGAAUUAUAUCGACAUGUCGGCUGUUUCCGAUGACGCUGCUGCGGAAGCUGCGGCGCCAGCGCCUCCAGCACUCCCCUCGAGACCACAGCCGGCAGCCGUUGAAGAAGAACCACAGAGCCCUGUCCGAGCAUCGCCGCCUCGUGCUCCAGCAGGACCUGCGGCAGCUCUUGCGGGGGUGAUGGCAGGUCGUGCGGCGCCUCCUCAGCCAUCCUCGCCCUCCCCCCCCCCUCAGCCUCAACGGUCAUUUUCGCAGCACGAUGACUAUCAGCAUGCAUCGGAUGAUGAGUCUACUCGAUCCCCAGCCUUGCCUUCGCGACCACGACCGCCAACGUUGGAAGUCUCACGUAGCCCGCCGCCUCCACCCAAGGAUGACGAUGUGACUAUUCCUCCCGACCCUGCGAAGUCUCCAGGAGGCUUUCACUUGUACAACAUUAACGAGAUGGUAUCUAUCAUGGGCAAGAGGAAGAAGAUGCCAACCACUCUUGGUAUCAAUCUGAGAACAGGAAUCAUUCUCAUCGCACCAGAAUACGCCCAAGACGGCCCAUCACAGGAAUGGACGGCUGACCGGAUGACCCAUUAUUCCCGGGAAGGUAAGCACGUCUUUAUGGAGCUUGUCCGCCCAAGCAAGAGCAUCGAUUUCCACGCCGGAGCCAAGGACACCGCCGAAGAGAUUGUCAUGUCUCUCGGCGAGAUGGCUGGAGCUGUCCGGGCCGAGGGGCUUCGCGAGGUGAUCAUGGCAGGAUCCAAGCAGGGUAUGAAAAAGGGCCAUAUACUGUAUGAUUUCACGGCACAGGGCGAGGACGAGGUUUCCGUGUCCGCCGGUGACGAGGUCUUUGUCGUUGACGACUCAAAGAGCGAGGAAUGGUGGCAAGUUCGCCGGCUCAAGAAUGGCAAGGAAGGCGUUGUGCCAAGCAGCUACAUCGAAGUAACGGGGACCGUCGCAGCUGGCGCCGGACAGUCGGAUUAUGAUAAUCUCAGGUCGACGGUGGAGCAGAACCGUUUGGAUGAGCUCAGACUUACCAAGGAGGCGCUGAAGGCCAGCAAAGAACCAGAGCAGGUAGGGCAUGGAGUGCCUCUUCCCGCACGAGGCAGCAGUCUCGCCGCAAGUGAAAAUGGUAAUAAUUCGGGAAAACAGCGAAGUCGACGUGAAAAUGGCCGGGGCGAGAAUAGUGGCCAGGCCAAGCCCAAAGCCAAACCCGACCCUUCGAAAGUCCGUACUUGGACAGAUCGAUCCAAGUCUUUCAGUGUUGACGCCCAAUUCCUUGGACUCAAGGAUAGCAAGAUCCACCUUCACAAGAUGAAUGGUGUCAAGAUCGCGGUCCCUAUAGCUAAGAUGUCACGAGACGACCUUGAAUAUGUAGAAAAUCUCACAGGCAUCCCCCUUCAGACUGACGAUGCUACAUCAUCUUCUCGCAAGUCUAGAUCCCCCGACAAGGCCGCCCCUGCUGCUAGCUCAAAGGUCGAGAAGAACAAGAAACCCGAAUAUGACUGGUUCCAGUUUUUCCUGGACUGCGAUAUCGCUGUGGGUCUUUGCGAACGAUAUGCACAGGCAUUCAUCAAGGACUCGAUGGAUGAAAGUGUGUUGCCGGAUGUCGACGCUGCCAUUCUUCGAAAUCUGGGUCUCCGGGAAGGGGAUAUCAUCAAGGUAAUGCGGACUUUGGAUAAUAAGUUUGGACGACAACGGGCAAAGGAUGGCGACGGCGGGCUUUUCUCUGGCGCAGGCGGUACUCUUCGUAACAACACCCGCAAGGGACGCCCUGCUCCCGCUGUCCAAACAAGCGACGUUGUUGAUGCUGCCGCCUUUUCCAAAGGCGAUAAAUCAAGUCCUGCUGCUGAAGAGUCAAAAUCUUCACCUGCCCCUACCAGCCCAGUAAAGGCCAACAACACAAAUGCUGGCGGCUCGAAAGCCGGCGGUGGGUUUGACGAUGAUGCCUGGGAUGUGAAGCCCAGCAAGCAACCUCCAGCAGAGCCCAAACCGCAGUCCCCAGCGCCAGCUCCAGCACCUGCAGCUCCAGCCGCUCCCGCGGCACCCUCAAGCGCCCCAUUGACCGGUUCUAUGCAGGAGCUCUCUCUCCUGAGCGAGCCUCUGCAGCCGACCAAGGUAGAGGGACAGCCUCAGCCGGCUCAGUCUACCAUACCUGCGGCUGCUCCCCAGCUUGUCCCCCAAGCAACUGCCACGACUCAGUCUUUACAAGGAGCAAAUCCAAGCUUUUUCUCGUCCUUGCCUCCACCACAACAAGCUAUGGCGACGGGAGCACGUCAACGCCCGACCCCCCCUCAGCCCCUUUCUCCCCAAAACUCACUUGUGCCGCCGCCACCCCAGCGACCAUUAUCUGCGCCCUUGAGCGCACAACAAAGCGCCUUUGCUUCUCCAGGUCUUGUCCCUCAGAUGACAGGUGGACUGUUGCAAAGCCAGGUGGCACCCACGGGCCAGAGCUUGAACGAGAUAACGCAGGCUCGGCAGCAGCAGCUACAACAACAGCAACUGCAACAGCAGCAACUACAGCAGCAGCAACAGCUCGCCGCAGCACAGCUACAGCCGGCUUACACGGGUUUCCAAGGAGCACAGCAAAUGGGCCCUUACUCGAUGGCUCCCGCUGCAUACCUGCAGCCCAUGAUGACUGGUGCGCCAAACUCCGGUCCGUUCAUGGACCCAAGCCGACCCCAGUCCUUCUCCCCAAUGCAAGCUCAGCCUACUGGUUUCCAACAAUUCGGCAACAACAUGCAGAAUUCUUUUGGUCAGCCAAAUCAAAGUCAAGGCAUCAACAACUUCUUACCUCCUGCCCUUGAGCCUCAAAGAACUGGAAUGCCCGGUAUCCAAGCCCAGCCGACGGGAAUCAAUUCAUUCAACCCCCAGCAGGCAGCUCAGCAACAACCUCUUCAACCUCUUCAGCCUCAGCAGACCGGCCCGGCGCCGCCAGUUCGCUUUGGCGUCACACCAGACACCAAGAAGCUGGUUCCACAGGCGACAGGACGCAGAGCAAACCUGUCUCAAGCUACCCCGGAGAAUCCGUUUGGCUUCUAA